GUACGACACAUGCCGCCCCGAACUGCGGAUAAUGCGGUUGCACUGUAAUCGGUCGUAGUCUCAAUCCCCUUUGUUUCAAUAUUUUUUUAUCUGCAGCGAUGACCGCUCCACCGCGGAAAUCUGCGCGCUCGGCUUUUCAGCUACCCUUGUUUUAUCGCACGCCUCAAGUUACUAUCGCCGGAAGAAACGCAUCCUCGCAUCCACGCUGUCUGCUUCGCACCAUCGUAAAGUAAGGCACUUCCCGCCAGAGCGGGGCUCGUUUCAUCUCGGUGGACAAAAGUAUGAGCUCCAAAAACACUGACAGCCCGAGACAACAAUUGAGGGCGAUGCUCAACGCCACGCCAUUGACGGAAGCGGCGCCGUGCCCUCGCAGGUGCCUUCAAGCGCCGGAGCCUUCCGGGGACUGGGACCUGGAGGACGUCUGCACCGUGCUGGGCGCCAUUUCGCUGCUGCUGGUGGGGCUGGUUGGCGUGCCUCUCUGCUUCUACUGGGACAGCCGCUGUGUGCUGCUGACCAUCGGCUCGCUCGUGGCGCUCUGCAUCAUGGCGCGCGUGGUGCACGAGCGCCGCGCAGCUGCGCACCACGCUCGACAGCAUUGGCUGUCGCUCACCACCUCGUUCUUGGUCCAGCACCGAACGCAGGAGCGUGAGCCCCUCAUCUCUUGCAAGGGCACCAACAGCGUCUGAAAAAAUGCUCUGCGCGCUCCGGCAUACAAAUUUCCUGCCACAGUGGUUCGUCAGGAGUUUUCAACAGGGUGCAAGGAUUAGCUCCUGCCAAUAGGCCCCUCUUUCCAUCAUUCGGCAAAAGGGCCGGUAACGGACUGCAAGAGCGACGGAGCAGAUUGCGUGUUUUCUCAGCGCGCACCCAGAACGGACUUCGCUGUGACCGGAGCCUUUUAACAUUUUAACAUUCGCCCUCUGCUCUGCCAGAGCUAACGGGCCUAAACAUUGGCGCUGUAUAUAGUGCAUCACAUUUUGCUUCCCGUAGAGAGCGAUUUUGCUCACUCACCUGCCUAUGGUCAGCUUUUUUUUUUUUUUCAUGACUCAUCUUUUAGUGUAAAGGACGCUACGUCUCGAGUAAAUCAACAGAAAACUAAAGAAAAAAGAAAGUAAGCGAUUCCUCCGCUGCUUCGGCACCGUAUGAGUGCUUAUUUUGUGAGCCAUGUUGAAGAUGUGCCUAGCCGUAUCUGGCUGUCUUGAAGUGCCUUGCUACACGACAUUUACAUUUUACCCUCCACGAACAGAGUGCUCAGUAGUUAUUGAUCACUUCGCACCUUCGCUUGCAAAACUGAUUUCUGUCUCGUGGCGACUCUGAAUACAUCUUAAACGCGCUAUAUUGAACCAUGAAUUACAUACUAGCGACAAAUUUGAAAUGGUUUCUCAAUUCUGAAAUUGCCCUCGCUCGAAUGCUUGAAAGCCACACUUUCGGCCAGUUUAGUUACACUUCGAAGCAUUGCCUGUGGACACUGCGCUCUACCUCUACAUAUUUAUUGCGAGCAUUUUAACUAUUUACCUUAUUUUAUUUCGGAGAGCACUUUUACCCCUUUCCUUGUCACGUUUUACUGAUAUGCGAAAAAAAUUGAGGGAAAGGGUAGGAACGGAGCAAUAAAGUUGUAGGUUUUAUUUGCUGUCAUGUUCAAGCUUUGUGAUCAUACUGCACUUAAGCACUUAAACGACUUUGGCGUCGUGCUGCUAUACUGCUUCUGGAAGAGUAGUAUAGCACCACCCUGUCUCAACUGUAUUCUCAUUCAUUCUUAGCGCACACUCUCAAUCAUGAGUUGCUCUGACCAUUUCGUCGCGUUCUUAAAUCUGUAAAGAUGACCGUCAACCGCCCUCAAAGCGCGUGUAUACUUCUAAAGAUCUAAUUUUCUCUUUUUCUGCAACUGAAAUCUACGUAAAUUAGGCUGGCCGCUUUGCUGGCGAUACAUCUCCUACGGGUACGUAUGCAAUGAAGCGUUGUUAUUGCGACUUGUUUGUUUUCGUGGCACUGUGCUUCUUUGAAUGGGUUUUCUUCGUUUGCCAACCCGAGCUUGGCGAAGGCCCCAUUGACUCCCAUCCUUGAAGUAAGAGCAUUGCUUUUCUCCACGUAGAAAACCACGGUUAGACUCCUUCAACGCAAUUUAUUGCCAAUCGAUGUCAGCGUCUGGUUCUACUAUUCUCUAAGCAAUUGAGUAGCGCGAAUUGAGGCACCCGUGUUAUUAAGCUCACACGGAAAGUGCUUGCGCUUAUGUCGCGCUUCAGCCGUCUGAUGUUUGUUAUGCGCAAUGCGACGCUGUGAAAAUUUGAACACUCAUAUAACGCCAAUCUGAAAAAAAUUAGGCCAGAAGUUAGCGCCGCUAACUCUCAGAUUAUGACGAAUGUGAGGUCCCGAAAGAUGCGAGCGCGUGCCUCACGGGAAACCUUGCACAUUCUCAUUUAUCACAUUGACGUUUCUAUACCCCUUAUCUUAAAAACUUGUGACUCCGUGUACACCGUGACGCGUUCGCGUAAGCUUAACACACCUAAGAGUUUUCUGUUAGAUACCUCUGACGUAGGUGAAGUCCGCCUGUAAUGCUAUAAAUAAAUGC